CUGGAGCAAGUGGAUAAAAAAUUCAAGGGUCUACUACGUCUACUGAUUUAAGAAAAUAUGCGAUGCGUGACGGAGGAUUCCACUGGCCAGAGUUGCUGACUUUGUAAAUUAGUUUAUACAAAUUGAUGGUAUACUAAUUUGUCUCUCUGAACCAGUGAUUGGUUUACGGAGUACAAUUUCUGGGUAAUGGAGUUCGGUGAUAGUUUUGUAUCAAAUGAGCACCAAGGGUCUACACAAUCUGCUUCAGAGAACGCAGAUCCAUUUUCGGUUUCUCCAUUGCAGAUCUCAGUGAAUACGAAGUCUCCAAAAUCACCAGGACCAAAUUCACCAAGGCCCCCAACCUCGCCCAGGUCCCCAAAGGCACAUAGCAAAUUUGGCACAAACAAAGGUAGCCCAAGCAAGGGGAGCCCACUCAUGUAUGAUAGACAUUCGCAUUCUCUUUUUCUUUCAGGUGGUAAAGAUACAGAAUGCAAUUAUUCUCUUGAUCCCAGUGACCCAAAGGAUGAUAGCAGUGAGGUAAUUAAAGAAUCCCACCUUUUAAAACUGACAGUAGAUUUUGAGGAGUACAAGAAGAAGACAACAGUAAUAGUGGAGGAGUAUUUUGCAAAUGAUGACAUUGUCUCAACUGCCAAUGAAUUAAGUGAAAUUGGAAUGCCCGGUUACAACUAUUAUUUUGUAAAGAAACUUGUCUCUAUGGCUAUGGACAGACAUGAUAAAGAGAAGGAAAUGGCUGCUGUUCUUUUAUCUGCUCUAUAUGCUGACAUCAUUGAUCCUUCACAAGUUUACAAAGGAUUUAGUAAAUUGGUAGAGGCUUCAGAUGACUUAAUUGUAGAUAUCCCUGACACAGUUGAUGUUCUUGCUCUGUUCAUUGCUAGAGCUGUGGUUGAUGACAUACUCCCACCUGCAUUUUUGAAAAAACAAAUGAAUUCUUUACCAGCUGAAUCAAAGGGGGUUGAUGUAUUAAAAAGAGCUGAAAAGGGCUAUCUAGCAGCGCCUCUUCAUGCUGAAAUUAUUGAGCGCCGAUGGGGAGGUAGCAAGAAUAAAACAGUUGAGGAUGUGAAGGCUAAUAUAAACAAUUUGCUAGUAGAGUAUAUACUGAGUGGUGAUAAGAAAGAAGCAUUCAGAUGCAUCAAGGAUUUAAAUGUUCCCUUCUUUCAUCAUGAAAUAAUUAAACGAGCAGUUACAAUGGCAAUGGAAAGGCCGCAAGCUGAAGGCCGGCUACUGGAUUUGCUGAAGGAUGCUGCUGAAGAAGGGUUGCUUAACACAAGCCAGAUAACGAAAGGGUUUAACCGAAUGAUAGAUGCAGUGGAUGACUUGUCCCUUGACAUCCCAAAUGCAAGAGGCAUAUUGCAGUCUUUAAUUUCCAAGGCUUCUUCAGAGGGUUGGUUGAGUGCUUCAUCUUUGAAGUCACUCUCAUUUGCACCGGUGAAACAACCUUUAGAAGAUUCUGCUGCUACGAUUUUCAAGAAAAAGGCUCAAUGUAUUAUUCAAGAAUAUUUUUUGUCUGGUGAUAUUUCAGAGGUCAGUAGGUGUCUCGAAUCAGACAACGGUAAUAGUUCCGCUGAGUUGAAUGCUAUCUUUGUUAAAAGAUUAAUAACUCUAGCAAUGGAUAGAAAAAAUAGAGAAAAGGAAAUGGCUUCUGUUUUGCUGUCAUCUUUGUGCUUUCCAGCAGAUGAUGUCUCGAAUGGAUUUGUUAUGUUGAUAGAAUCUGCAGAUGACACAGCUUUGGAUAUUCCAGAAGUUGUAGAGGAUCUUGCAAUGUUUUUAGCCAGAGCAGUUGUGGAUGAAGUGUUGGCCCCACAACACAUGGAGGAAAUUGAAAGCCAAUUCUUGGGUCUAGAGUCAAUUGGAAGCAAGGUCCUUCGAAUGGCGCAGUCAUCGCUAAAGGCUCGACUUGCUGGGGAGCGAAUCCUAAGGUGUUGGGGUGGAGGAGGUAGCAGUAGACCUGGAUGGGCAGUUGAGGAUGUCAAGGAUAAAAUUGGAAAGUUGCUGGAGGAGUAUGAAUCUGGAGGAGAUAUCAGGGAAGCUUGCCGCUGCAUAAAGGAACUAGGCAUGCCAUUUUUCCACCAUGAGGUCAUCAAAAAAGCAUUAGUGAGGAUGUUUGAGAAAAAGGAUGAAAGAAUAUGGCGACUACUUAAAGAGGGUUUCUGUUCAGGGCUCCUAACUCCGUACCAAAUGAUGAAAGGCUUCAGUAGGGUAGCAGAAUCUCUCGAUGACUUGGCUCUGGAUGUGCCUGAUGCUAAGAAACAAUUUGCACAUUGUGUUGAGAGAGCUAAAGUUGCAGGGUGGUUGGAUUCCUCAUUUUGUUUCGACAAAUCAGGAAAUGCUAUAGCUAAUGGCACUUGUCCAUGAGAAUGGGAUUCAGGGAUAGUUUAAUAUGCUUCCCCUUUUAUUUAAAGCGUGCUCGGUUGGAGGAAUUUUUUGUGCCAAAGAAGAAGAUAAUUUGACCAUUUUAUAGCACUGACGAGUUUUAGAUACGUAGCUGUAUUUUUUUCA